CCACACCUCCCCUCAUCCUCACCCCCCUUCUCCCCACUAACCACCAAACGCACAGACCCAACAAGAGCCCCCCAAAUCCCCUACCCAAAAGAGGCAAAAUGUGCACCUCCACAAUCCGCACCUACAGAUGCGGCUGCGUCCUCGACGAGACCAUGCACCGGUGCACCGAAGCCACUAACGCCGAAACCACCGCCGACUCCGACUCCACCACCGAAAAAUGUCCCGGGGUAGUCGUAGAACACACCGGCAGCAUCGACGAGCCGUGCACCAAGUGCGCGCGACUCGAGGAGGAGCCGGUGGAGGUCUACUCGGACGGGGCGGUGUCGGAGUCCGACGCCGAUGGCGAUGGCGAUGGCGAUGUCGACGGGGACGGGUACGAGAACCUGAACAGGACGGGGCCGGGCACCAUGCCCUACGCCUCCGGGGUGUGGGAGCGGAACCGGCUGAUCAUGUAUGACUAUGCGGACUGGGUGAAGUCGAGGGGUUGUCGGCGGCGAGGUGGGCCGCAUGACGGCAGUGGGAAUGGCCCGCCGCCGCCGCCUUCGGCGGAUGGGUUUGAGGAUGUCAAUGUUGACUAGAGGUAAUAAUAACAGGGUGGGAUGUUCGUUGCUCGGGCCGUUGAGGUCGGAGUAGCGCGUCUUGUGCCAGUGUAGGUGAAGUCGACGCACUCAGCUCGGCAACUUUGGGUCAGGGUAGGUCUGGGUUCUGCUACAUUUG